AAGGGCAGGCGCAUUCAACACUAGGCGCAACCUUUUUUCUUAACGGAAUUUGUAUAAACCCUAGCCAUUGUUUAAACCCUUGUAAGAGCUCUGUUACAAUGGCUGGAUCAGGGAUUCUCUCCCGGUUAUCAUCAUCUCGCUUACCCUCUUUGUCUUUCAAGAUCAGAACUAACAAGUCUGUUAUGCCCACAAUUUCUCCUUUGAAAUCAAGCCCUCAUCCUCAGGUCUCCGCUUCAGUGAAGCCAAUUUCAAGAUUACCAGUGGAAUUGAGCUGCUUGAUGUCGAUGAUGCCAUUGCAUAGUGCAGUAGCUUCCGCUCGCCUGAGAUCAUUUCUUUCCAUGGAUUCUCAGAGCUGGGGUUUGGUGCCUCAAGGUAUCUCCAUGCCUUUAUGACACAAGUUUUUGUUCCAGGUGAUUCAUCAAACAGAUUUUAUGUUAAUCUUAGAAUGCAUUCUCUUCUUGAAUUUGAUAAACGGUAAGAGGUUUUUAGAUGUUGGGUUUUCUUGUCCUUUUAUUCAGUGUUGGAGAGAUGUAUUUUGGAAGAAAUAUUUGCAUGAAAAAUCUGAGCAAGAAAAUGUUGGAUGCAUGGAUAGCUUUUUGCAUUAAGCUGAAUCAAUUCAGUUGCCAUAAUGCAACUCAAUAAUUUUUUUUUUUUUCCUGAAGUUGAAAACCUUCCAAUUUGCGAGGAUUUAGUUAAAUUUGGACCUUGCUUGAAUGUAUUAAGAUUUGAAAUGCCAUGCAUGGAUUCCGAUUUAUGUGACCUUUUAGUUUGUUAUAAACUUGGUCUAAACAUAGAUUUGAUGUGAA